AUGGCAACGACGUCUUCAUCGGGUAGGUCCAACCCAUACGAGAACAUCCACGUACACAUAUCCUGGUGGAAUAAGGAUCAGAUGGGAGUUCCACCCGAGAUCGUCGAAUUGGAGCAAGUCUUUAGAGAGAAGUAUAACUUCAGAACCAGAGUACACAGAUUGGGCUGGUCAGACGAAUCCAGGGCAGUAGUAGAUCUUGACAGCGGUCUGGAAUACCAUGAUAACCUUGAUGUUGUCAAGUCUGUGCUCGACAGCUCGUCUCUUCUGAUCUUCUACUACUCUGGCCGGGUACGAUCAAACGCUGCUGGAGACCUCAUGCUACUCCCUCGGGUUGGAGAACAAGGAGAAGAAAUCGCCUGGACUUAUAUACUGAAGCAACUCAUGAAACUCUACUCCGACGUCCUGAUUAUCUGGGACACAGACCAUACCUCAAGGGCCUGUAUCCAAGCCAUGUACACCAUGGAGUUUAUUGGAGCCGCGGACAAUAGUCGUGAGAUGUGGGGCCCAACGACGCUCUUCUCUUUCACCCAAUUCCUGAUCGACGUUUUGCGAGAAGCUGCAAAGAACGAUGACGGUCUUACGGCUGCAGAUCUACAUUCAAGAAUAGUCUCAAGAUAUCUGGACGCUGGCUUGGUAAUAAAGAAGGAGAAGGGACAAGAAAGCAAUUGCCCACCCUUGCCAUUUUAUUUCAAGCCUCGGGGAUCAGUGGUAUUUGGAAGCAUCCCAAUCAUCAAGCUACCCGUCGAAGACGAAGACGAAGAUAUGUCUCAUUCCAAUGCUAGCCCUAGCUCUGGUUCCGAUAUCGACUCAGAUGAUGACGAUGAAGAUACAAGUUCUGAUAAAGGAGUAGAAGCAAUUAAGAGAGACUUGCUCAAGCGCCCAGCAAAGCGUGCAGUGGCUCAGAGAAAGAAGCUACUGACAACCCUGAAGGAACGAGCACAAAGACCAGAACGAAAGAGACAUGUGCCCAUACAACGAGGGGGACUUUGUUUACCGGGCUAA